GAGGCGAGAGGGAGAAGACGGAAGAAAGAAAGUUGGAAGAGAAAGACAGAAGCAAAGAACAACUAAGCGAAGGGUUCGCAUUUCUAUUAUUCUCUCUCUCUCUCUCUCUCUGUCUGUCUUUUCGCAAAUUGGUCGGUGAAGCAUCUGUAAGCUCGCUCUGCCGCCUUGUCUCUGUGAUAUUCUGUUGUUCUUUUCUGGAAACGAGGAAUCUGAGAACUUGAAGUCGAAGGGAGGGGAUUGAAACGGAGUCCGUUGCCGCUGAAUCUUGGUGAUCUUGGAGGGAGGAUAAGGAAAUUGAGUCGAGUGGAGGGAGGGAAGUGUUGUUUCGGUGUGGAUUUGGGAUUUCAGAGCUCGGAACUGGAACUGGAACUGGAAGAGGCAGUUUGUUGUUUGAUCUGCGUUUUGACUGAAUUGUGAUAUCGUCCGGAGGAAUCGGAAGCCUAAGUUUCCGAUCCGUUGAAGUUCUUCCAAAUGGCUGCUUCAGUCAGUCUAGGCAUUGGAUCUCUUGUUUGGGUGGAGGAUCCCGAUGCUGCGUGGAUAGAUGGGAAAGUUGUGGCGGUCAAUGGUGAAGAAAUUAAAGUUCUUUGUACUUCAGGGAAGAAGGUUGUUGUUAGGGCUUCCAAUGCCUAUCCCAAAGAUGCUGAGGCUCCACCAUGUGGAGUUGAUGACAUGACAAAAUUGGCUUAUUUACAUGAACCAGGAGUUCUUGAUAAUUUAAGAUCUAGAUAUGAUAUCAAUGAAAUAUAUACUUAUACAGGGAAUAUAUUGAUUGCCGUAAAUCCUUUUAGAAAAUUACCACAUCUAUAUGACAACCAUAUGAUGGCACAAUAUAAAGGGGCAGCUUUUGGUGAACUGAGUCCACAUCCUUUUGCUGUUGCGGAUGCAGCUUACCGACAAAUGAUCAACGAGGGAAUAAGCCAGUCAAUUUUGGUUAGUGGAGAAAGUGGUGCAGGUAAAACAGAAAGCACAAAAUUGCUUAUGCGUUAUCUUGCUUACAUGGGAGGGAGAGCUGUAUCUGAGGGGAGGACUGUUGAGCAACAAGUUCUGGAGUCCAAUCCUGUUCUAGAAGCAUUUGGUAAUGCAAAAACUGUCCGAAAUAAUAACUCCAGUCGUUUUGGUAAGUUUGUAGAGAUCCAAUUUGACCAGAAUGGAAGGAUUUCGGGUGCUGCUAUAAGGACUUAUUUGCUUGAAAGAUCCCGUGUCUGUCAAGUGUCCAAUCCUGAGAGGAAUUAUCAUUGUUUCUACAUGCUUUGUGCUGCACCCUCAGAGGAUGUCAAAAGAUACAAGUUGGGAAAUCCAAGAUCAUUUCACUAUCUAAAUCAAUCAAAUUGCUAUGAAUUGGAUGGUAUUGAUGAUUGUAAAGAAUACAUUGCAACAAGGAAGGCAAUGGAGAUUGUAGGCAUAAGUUCUGAGGAGCAGGAUGCAAUUUUUAGAGUACUUGCGGCAAUUCUGCAUUUAGGAAAUAUUGAAUUUUCAAAGGGAAAGGAAAUGGACUCAUCUACGCCCAAAGAUGAAAAAUCUUGGUUCCAUCUCAGAACUGCUGCAGAGCUGUUCAUGUGUGAUCCAAAGGCUUUAGAGGAUUCUCUUUGCAAACGUGUAAUUGUAACUCGUGAUGAGACCAUCACAAAAUGGUUAGAUCCAGAAUCUGCAGUUAUCAGUAGAGAUGCAUUGGCAAAAGUUGUUUACUCAAGGUUGUUUGACUGGCUUGUUGAUAAGAUAAACAGUUCAAUUGGUCAAGACCCGAACUCAAAAUUUUUAAUUGGAGUGCUGGAUAUUUAUGGAUUUGAGAGUUUCAAAACAAACAGCUUUGAGCAAUUCUGCAUCAAUUUGACAAAUGAGAAGCUUCAGCAACACUUUAAUCAGCAUGUCUUCAAAAUGGAGCAAGAAGAAUAUACAAAAGAAGAAAUUAACUGGAGUUACAUUGAAUUCAUUGAUAAUCAAGAUGUUUUAGAUCUCAUUGAAAAGAAACCGGGUGGCAUAAUAGCUCUUCUGGAUGAAGCUUGUAUGUUCCCAAGAUCGACGCAUGAAACCUUUGCUCAAAAGCUGUAUCAAACCUUCAAAAACCAUAAACGCUUCAGUAAACCAAAGUUAUCUCGCUCUGAUUUUACUAUUCUCCAUUAUGCUGGUGAUGUCACCUAUCAAACUGAAUUGUUUCUGGACAAGAACAAAGAUUAUGUUAUUGCUGAACACCAAGCACUCUUGAAUGCUUCUAGAUGCUCAUUUGUUUCUGGUUUGUUUCCUACUUCAUCUGAGGAGUCCUCUAAACAAUCAAAGUUCUCUUCCAUAGGUUCACGCUUCAAGCAACAAUUGCAAGCAUUACUUGAAACUCUAAGUUCAACAGAGCCUCAUUAUAUCCGCUGUGUGAAGCCCAAUAACCUUCUUAAGCCAUCUAUUUUCGAGAACAGCAAUGUUCUACUACAACUACGAUGUGGGGGAGUGAUGGAGGCAAUUAGGAUUAGUUGUGCUGGAUAUCCUACGAGAAAACCUUUCCUUGAAUUUGUUGAUCGAUUUGGCAUCCUUGCCCCUGAAGUUUUGGAUGGGAGUACGGAUGAGGUCACUGCUUGCAAGAGGCUCCUUGAGAAAGUGGGAUUGGAAGGCUAUCAGAUUGGCAAGACAAAGAUAUUUCUUAGAGCUGGACAGAUGGCAGAACUGGAUGCUCGCAGAACUGAAGUUUUGGGAAGAUCAGCAAGCAUUAUUCAGAGGAAGAUCCGUUCUUACAUGGCUCGAAAAAGUUUUUUCUUGCUCCGUUCAUCUGCAGUAUUGAUUCAAUCCGUGUGCAGAGGGAAAAUUGCUCGGGAAGUGUAUGAGAGCAUGAGGAGAGAAGCUUCUUCCAUAAAAAUUCAAAGAGAUUUCCGGAUGCAUCUUGCUAGGAAAGCAUACAAAGAUUUGUGCUCCUCUGCCAUUUCAAUUCAGGCUGGAAUGCGUGGAAUGGCUGCACGUGAUGAGCUUCGCUUCAGAAGGCAGACAAGAGCAGCAAUCAUUAUUCAGAGCCAUUGUCGCAAAUACUUGGCACGCUUGCAUUAUAAGAAGUUAAAGAAAGCUGCAAUCACCACACAAUGUGCAUGGAGGGGAAGAGUUGCUCGUAAAGAACUGCGGAAGCUUAAGAUGGCUGCUAGGGAAACUGGUGCUCUACAAGCUGCCAAAAAUAAGCUUGAGAAGCAAGUGGAGGAAUUAACAUGGCGGUUACAGCUGGAGAAGCGUAUGAGGGCUGACGUGGAGGAAGCCAAAACCCAAGAAAAUGCAAAAUUACAAUCUGCAUUGCAAGAGAUGCAACUUCAGUUUAAAGAAACUAAAGAAAUGCUAUUGAAGGAACGUGAGGCUUCCAAAAAGGCAGCAGAGCAAAUCCCAAUCAUACAGGAGGUCCCAGUCAUUGACCAUACAGUAAUGGAUAAACUUGCUGCCGAAAAUGAGAAACUCAAGGACUUGGUUGGUUCUUUAGAAAAGAAAAUUGAUGAAACAGAGAAAAGAUAUGAGGAGACAAAUAAACUUAGUGAGGAGAGGUUGAAGCAAGCUUUGGAGGCUGAAUCAAAGAUAAUUCAGCUGAAGACUUCUAUGCAAAGGCUGGAGGAAAAAAUUUCUGACAUGGAAUCCGAGAACAAAAUUCUUCGACAGCAAUCCUUGCUAAGUCCACCUGCUAGACAGGUGCCAGAACUCCCACCAACUACCCCAAUUAAGAAUUUGGAGAAUGGUCACCAUGUACAUGAGGAGAAUAGAACCAACGAAACACAAAUUGUCACACCUACUAAGAAGUCUGGAACUGAAUCUGAUAGCAAGCUUGGUAGAUCCUUGAUUGAUCGCCAACAUGAGAAUGUUGAUGCUCUUAUCAGCUGUGUUAUGAAGGAUAUUGGUUUUAGCCAAGGCAAGCCUGUUGCAGCAUUUACCAUUUACAAAUGCCUUCUACAUUGGAAAUCUUUUGAGGCCGAACGAACUAGUGUGUUUGAUCGUCUUAUUCAGAUGAUUGGUUCAGCUAUUGAGGAUCAAGAUAACAAUGAUCACAUGGCUUAUUGGCUAUCAAAUACCUCUACAUUAUUGUUUUUGCUACAAAGAAGCAUAAGGGCUGCUGGUGCACCUGGCGGAACCCCAAGCCGAAAACCACCUGCUCCUACAUCACUGUUUGGAAGAAUGGCUAUGGGAUUCCGCUCUGCUUCUUCUGCAAGUCUUCCUGCACCUGACACAGUUCGCCAAGUUGAAGCCAAAUACCCAGCUUUGCUUUUCAAACAGCAACUCACAGCAUAUGUGGAGAAAAUCUAUGGCAUAAUACGAGACAACUUGAAAAAAGAAUUAGCAUCAUUUGUUUCCCUAUGUAUCCAGGCACCAAGAACAUCCAAGGGCAACGUGCUUAGAUCUGGGCGGUCUUUUGGCAAAGAUUCUCCAUCAAAUUACUGGCUGAGCAUCAUUGACUGUCUCAAUUCUCUUCUCAGUACAUUGAAAGAAAAUUUUGUGCCUCCAAUUCUUGUUCAGAAGAUAUUUACUCAAACUUUCUCAUAUAUCAAUGUCCAACUUUUCAAUAGUCUUCUCCUACGUCGUGAAUGUUGUACAUUCAGUAAUGGGGAAUAUGUGAAAGCUGGGCUGGCAGAGUUGGAGCUCUGGUGCUGCCAAGCAAAAGAAGAGUAUGCAGGCCCAGCAUGGGAUGAACUUAAGCACAUAAGACAAGCCGUUGGAUUCUUGGUUAUACAUCAAAAGUAUAGAAUUUCUUAUGAUGAAAUUACCAAUGAUCUGUGCCCUAUUCUGAGUGUCCAGCAGCUGUACAGAAUAUGCACGUUGUACUGGGAUGACAACUAUAAUACUCGAAGUGUCUCCCCAGAUGUCAUAUCCAGCAUGAGGGUACUAAUGACAGAGGACUCCAACAAUGCUGUCAGCAAUUCCUUUUUGUUGGAUGACAAUUCCAGCAUUCCUUUCUCGGUUGAUGACCUCUCCAAAACGCUGCAAGAAAAGGAUUUUUCAGAUGUAAAACCGUCAGCCGAACUUAUUGAGAAUCCAGCCUUCCAAUUUUUAGACGAAUGAGGCUAAGGAAUUAGCAGCAUGCCCUCGACCAUCUUGCCUACAGUAGAUACUGAAUUUAUUUGAGGAGAGGUACACCUGGUGAUUGUAAAUUCAUUUUUUUUUUAAUUUUUUUCCCACUUUUCUAUUUCACUAUAGAUUUUUUAUUUUUUUGGGUCUACAUCCCCGCCCAAAGUUGCAUUACAUCUCUCUUAAUUUUUAAUUUUUGAGUUGUAGAUUUGUAAAAUAUCUAUAGUAAAUCCAGCGGGGAUUGUACCUUGUUUUUGGGUGUUAUUGCUUUGUAUUAUUAUUUUAUUCUUCUGCCAAUUAGGGCAGCAUUCUUUUCUUGAGCUUUAAGAAGGAAAGCAUUAUUGCCUUAGAGAUUAGUGAGAUCCAGUUUUGUUUUGUUUCUCCUGGAUUAUAUGCCUUGUAAUGCACAGAUUUGUAUGAACAGUUACUCAAUUGUAUGAUAAAGUAUUUGGUGAUUGGUUUUUGUA